AUGCACGCCGUGAACGACGUUAACCCCAGUCCGAUGUACCGGCAAAGCAACACGGAGUCAAUCGACCCAAACAAGGGCACUGGCUUGCCCUGCAACCAAUCACCAACUGAUACACAUCAGCAAGGUGACGAAGCCGCCUUCGGGCCAUCUGACAACGAUGGCAACCCCUGUCUUCAGCCGUAUGCUGUAACCCUCCAGCAAGAUGUCCAGGCAGCCUCAAUCGUAAUGCCAGAAUACAAUGAGGACAAUCCCUGCAGCAAACCUGAUGCAGUUAAACACGGAGAAGAGGAGGGGCCCUCCCUCGGUCCGGUCGACUGUGACAACAGCCAGAAAGAUGACGAUAGUGGCAUUACCCUACAGACAACGCGUGGUGCUGCGUCUAAAAACAGACAUACAGCCAGUAUCACAUCUGAUGAUGAGGAUAUUCAACCGUACGCUGCCGCAUACAUGUACGAGUGCGACAUGUACGAGUGCGACAAAACUUCAAGGGACGCUAAAACAAGCCUGUCCCAGAAUCAGAAUCAACCAAAGGCGGCUUCAAACAGCAUCAAUGAUGUCUCGACCAGCCCGUCGAGCAAUGAUGUCCUGCAUGCACUCGAUCCGAAUCCGAUGUACGCUGCCGCAGACAUGUGCCAGGGUGACGUGGGGCGGAACACAACUUCAGGAGACACUCAAGCAAGCCUGUCCUCCCAGAAUCAACCAGCGGCGGCUUCUAACAGCAUCAAUGACGCCAAUGAUGUCCUGCAUGCACUCAAUCCAAAUCCGAUGUACGUGCCAAACGUCCAGCAUCCUACAACAUGUGAAAAGAUCACGUUUGGUGGGAGGGGAAGAGAAGCUGGAAAAUUCCUUAGUAUCUCCGGAGUUGCCGUGUCUGAUGACAGUGAGAUAUUUGUGACUGAUUUUAUCAACCAACGAGUCCAGGUUUUCAGCAUGAAUGGGGCCUAUCUCCGCCUGUUCCUAACGCGAGUGCCGGGUGAAUCUAGAAAAAUGCAUAUGCGUCCUUCCAGUGUUGCUUUUGACGUGGAUUCUGGCUACCUGUGGGUACUGGGGAGUGUUGUGACUGGGCAUGGGGGUGGAGAUUGUGACACUGUACACGGAUACAUGCAUGUCGUACAGUACAGUACGAAAGGCCAGGCCAGGAAGAAGUUCAACCCAUGGUUCACGAAUCUGAGUCGUGAUGAUCGAAUUGGAAAGCCCGUCAUUGCGAUAGACACGCGCAACAAUAAAGUCAUCGUGGGGGAGGGAUAUACAAUAAGGAUGUUUUAUCCAAACGGGACUCUCUAUCGGUGUUUCAAAGAAAUCGCUAAUUAUAAAGCUCGAAGGAUGGGCUUUGGGGGAAUCGCGUUGGAUAAGAAGGGAAAUAUUCUACUUACAGAUGGGCAUAAAAGCGUCAAGAAGUACAGCCCCUCCGGAGUUAAGAUUUGUGAAUUUGGAACGACUGGAGGAGCUAAGGGCCGACUGCGUUCACCUACAGGUGUUUGUGUGGACACCUCAGGUCGUAUCAUCGUGGCAAACAGUGGUCACAAUCGAGUAGACAUGUUCACAAGCCGGGGCGAGUUUGUCCGCACCAUCGUGGGAAUGGAAAAGCCGUGGGCCAUCGCUAUGGGACCCGAUGGCCAGUUGGUGGUGACUGGCCGAUACACUUACAGGUAUACUGUAACUAUCUUUCCGCGCCGCAUGGUGUUUACUUAA